AUAUAAACACCGUAUAUUUGUAUUUUUUUAAACGAGUUUCAAUUUUACCGUUGGUAGCAUACUGUUUUAAAAAUACGAUUUCCGAUCUGAACUCGAAAACCUCUCGAUAUUUACAGACAGACGAAACCGGUUAAUAGAACUUUACUUAAAACAAUUUGAAUGUGUAUUUAAACUUGCACUAACUCUUUAUAGUAUUUUUUUAUAACUUAUAUACAUAAUAAAUGUUUUUUAUAAGUACUUCGAGGUUAUGAAGCAUUACAUUCAUAACAAAUCCGAAGCAUGUUCCACGUUUAAAUUAGAAUCAGCAUAUACGAAAGUAGAUAAUACGAAACUAAUAAUAUAUUUCAAAUAUUAAAACAUAAAAUGAAGUGGGUACCACGAUACUUUACAGGACCAAUUUUACUUGGUUUAUCCUUAACAAGUGUUAGCAUUGCUGUAAUAUAUGUAUUAUAUAAAAAGGUAAGAUCAAAUCAAAGGAUGAAGACGAUGCACAGUCUAGAAGAAACAAUGUUGAAGUUUCAAGACGAGUUACAAUAGAAUGUAAAGUACCUAAACAACAUGUACCUGCUGUUAUUGGAAGAGGUGGUUCAAUGAUACAAGAUGUACAAAAUAAAACAGAAACGCAAAUACAUUUUAAGAAAGAGGAUGUUGAAUGUUCUGAACGUAUUUGCAUCAUAAGAGGAAGCCAUGAAGCUACCCAAUUGGCUGAAAAGAUGAUAAAGUCUAUAAUUGAAAAUCAGCCAAUAAUUGAAAUAUAUGAAAUGUAUGUACCACAGAAGGCAUGUGGAAGGAUAAUCGGAAAAGGUGGAGAAGUUAUACAACAUAUUCAGAUAAGUUCCGGUGCAAAGAUCAUUGUUGAAAGUGGCUAUGAUCCCUAUAAUCCAAAUGUGGAAAGAAGGAUCAUUAUAAAGGGAACAAGCGAACAAAUUGCUGCAGCUUUGUCACAAAUUGAAGACAAAGUUCAGGAGGAAAAAGAGACACGUGCAAAAAUAGAGGCUUCUUCUGCAACAAGAUUGCCUAGAGGUAGAUUGUCUCCACGCAACACCACUGUUAGUGCAGCUGAACAAUCACAAACAGCUGAACCUUUAUCAUUACAAACUACUGAUGGAGUAAUGGAAGUGUAUGUAUCAGCAGCAGAAAAUCCUGCUCAAUUUUGGAUUCAAGUUGUCGGUCCUGGAACUAUAGCUUUAGACGAAUUAGUUUCUAAAAUGACUGUAUAUUACAAUGAUGAAGAAAAUCAGCAAGUACAUGCAUUACAAAAUGUAACAUUUGGCCAAAUGGUUGCUGCGAAGUUUAGUUUUGACAAACAGUGGUACCGAGCUGAAAUUAUUUCUGCUCCUGAAAAUGGUCAGUGUGAAGUAUAUUUCGUGGACUAUGGAGAUCAUGAAGUGGUUCAAUUGGACUCUGUACUACAACUUCGAACCGACUUUUUAAGCUUACGGUUACAGGCAAUUGAGUGCUCCUUAUCCAACAUUAAACCACGAGGCAACGAGUGGAGCAGCGAGGCUUGCGAGAGAUUCGAAGAACUCACUUGGCUAGCUGAGUGGAAAAUGUUGAUAGCUGAAAUCAAAAGUUACAAAGAACGAGCUGUUAGCUAUGGGAAAUCUAGACGUGAAGGAUUACCAAUCCCUUAUGUUGAUCUUUAUGACAGAAACAAUAAGAACAUCAAUAUCGGUCAACAACUGAUAAACGAAGGUUUUGCUGAGCCAGAAGAAGCACUAUUGUCGGCAGCUUCUUCAACACUGUCGUUAUCUAAUGAAAGCCACGAAAUCACUGGUAUCUCAAGCCCUGUAUCAACUUCACCGUUGGCAAAACGAACACUGAGCCCAGAAACACCUGCAAACACUUCACUUAAAUUGGAUUCGACCAUCGAGUUUACAGACUCAUCCAUCAUCGAUCUUCAAACACCCAACGAAAUUGAUCUUACAACACCACUGAGACGACAUGGCGUGCCGAUCGAUGAAAUUGAUCUCGUCACACCGGUGAAGGAUGAGACGGAUCGGUUCAUCGAGAACGAGAGGAAACUACGUCGAGAGGACGGGGGCGGUGAUUAUCUACGAAACGGAAAUAGUAAUCAACACGACAAAUCUAAGGUGCAGUUGAAAAUUGAAAAAGCAUCGCAAUUCGCUCCGGCUGGAUACGAGAGUGAUUUAUCCAAUGACUCGGACGAACUGGAAUUGGGGUAAAUAAAUCAAAA